AGCCUGGCUACAGCGUUGGGCUUCGGAUCCUUCGGAUCCUCGGAUCGGAUCCCGCCGGCCAUGUCGAAGUUCUCCUUCACCGAUGGCGUAGGCGCAGAGGAUGAGGCGCAGAAGGCGAUCCUCGAGAAGUUCAAGGAGGCUCAGCACUUCAUGACCGUGAAGGACCCCAAGAUGGCCUACGAGAAGAUGCUGGACAUGGACGAGCGGCAACUCACCGCUGCCAAGGAGGCGGAGCUUUUGAAGCCCAUCCGCGUGCGCUUUACCGAGGGCCCGGACCGCACCAUGGACGGCAAGACGCAGUACCCCAAGGCCACGGAGGUGCCGGGGAUCUCAGGCCAGGCGACGAUUCUGGACCUGCGGCUCAAGUUGGCCAAGGCGGAGGAUCUGCCGCUGGAGGACAUCAACGUCUUCGCAGGGGACACGAGCCUCACGGAUGACCUCCGGCUCCACGAGUGCUUCAUGGACUGGAUGGGCUCCGGCCUGGAUGAUUGGCCGCCCCGGCUCACGGUGAAGCCGCGCAUCGCCGGCUUCGAGCUCCAUGUCGUAGUGCCGGCCAUGCGCGACACCUCAGAGUGGGACAAGGGGAAGCUCAUUGGCUACCAGGAGCAGAACUUGAUCUUCGACGUGCAGCCCAGCACCACAGUCAAGGAGCUGAAGUCUUUGCUCUCUGAUCGGCUCGGCAUCCCUGCGGAGAGGCACAGUCUCUCAGCGCAGCUCAGAAGGAGUGUGCACAGCUACGGGGAGUUUGUGGAUCUGGACGACGAUGAGCGAACCCUGGCAGACUAUGAGCUGGAGAAGUAUUGUGUGUGCAUACGUUUCGAGAAGUCGCAGGUGGAUGCGAACGGGGAUUACAUCUUCGACGACGCCUUCUGGGACGAGAACGGGUACCACGCCCAACCAGAAGGGUGUUGGAUCCCUCAGGACUCGCUCGCGGACCGCACGCGGCCGGACGCCAACCCGGUGGAUCCGAACCAGCCGCUCAGCAUUGUCAGCGACCGCCGCGCUGCAGAGAAGAGUUGAGCCGGCGGUCUGGGGCUUCAGAUCAUCAGAGACUGCAGUUUGCAAAGUCUAUCAAAAUCCCAC